AUGUCUCAACAAACCAAAUCCAUGGCAGCAGCCGAUCCUAGCGAGACCGAGAAAGCUCCUGUUUACAACGGCCAAGGCACCGAGGAAGACCCCUAUGUGGUUGAGUUUCAGAAAAUUGACCCUGGAAACCCCAUGAACUGGUCCCAGUUUAGAAAAUGGUUUAUCACGACCAUCGUGACCUUGUCUGUCUUCGCCGUCACGUUCACGUCUUCGGCAUACUCCGAAUCCUCUAACGAGGUCAUUGCGGACUUUAACAUCAGCCCCGAGGUGUUUAUAGUCGGCGUUUCCCUUUUCGUUCUUGGAUUUGCUGUUGGACCGGCUGUAUGGGGCCCCUUGGUAACAAUUGCUCCAAGGUCCGAACUAUAUGGCCGAAAAGUUCUCUGGAUCAUCUCACACGUCUCCAUGGUAGCCUUCAUCGGAGGUUCUGCCGGAAGCCGAAACAUUACCACGCUUCUGAUUUUGAGAUUCCUAGGUGGCACCUUCGGUGCCUCUCCUCUCGUAAACUCCGGUGGCGCUAUAGCAGAUCUCUUUCCCCCAGCUCAGAGAGGCCUUGCCAUGGCACUUUACUGUGCAGCGCCCUUUCUUGGUCCCGUCCUUGGCCCUGUCGUUGGCGGUUUCGUCUCUGAAAACGUUGGAUGGAGAUGGGUGCAGGGUGUAUGCUGCAUAUUCAUAGGGGUGAUUGGUAUUCUCGGCGUUAUUUUCGUCCCUGAGACAUAUGGGCCGGUGCUGCUGAGCCAGAGGGCUGUCCAUCUAUCCAAAGUCAAUGGCAAAGUCUACAUUAGUGUUCUCGACAAGAGCCAGCCCAAAAAGACGCCGUCUGAAAUCUUCCAGCGAGCUCUAGUACGACCGUGGGUUUUGCUCUUUCGGGAACCUAUCGUGCUUUUCGCCUCGCUGUACAUGGCUCUUAUUUAUGGGACUGUGUAUAUGUUCAUGGCUGCAAUGCCUAUUGUCUACAAUGAAGACCGUGGAUGGAGUGAGGGUAUAGGGGGGCUUGCAUUUAUGGGUAUUGCAGUUGGUAUUCUGCUCGGCUUAACCUAUGCUCUCUACGACAAUAAUAGGCGUUAUAUGAAGCUAUUUCUGGCUAAAAAGACAACUGCAGAAUCUCGCUUACCACCAGCCAUGAUCGGCGCUAUUGCUUUACCAGUGGGCAUGUUUGCAUUUGCAUGGACCAACUACCCCAGCAUCCACUGGUCAGCCAGCGUUAUCCUCUCAGUGCCCUUUGGCUUUGGGUGUGUCCUUGUACUUCUGCCGAUGAUCAACUACCUCAUCGAUUCUUACACCAUUUACGCGGCCUCUGUUCUUGCAGCAGCUGCCAUUUUUCGCUCGAUUGUUGGUGCCGUAUUUCCCUUGUUCACCACUCAGAUGUACGAUAGCCUUGGAAUCCACUGGGCAUCCUCUGUGCCGGCUUUUCUGGUAUCGGCUUGUGUGCCUUUUCCGUUGAUUAUGUAUCGCUAUGGUGGUGCGCUGAGGAUGAAGUGCAAGUAUGCUUUUGAGGCUGCGGAAAUGAUGAAACGGAUGCAGAUGCAACAAGCGUCGGUCCCGAGAAAGGAAGAUGACAGUUCUUCUUCAGACUAA